UUUGCUCUUUCUUCCAAUGUCGGAAAAGAGGCUAUGUUGUGCUGUGAUGCGGAUUAACUUGGAUUGCAAUGCUUGUUGUAGAAAAGUAAGGAGGAUUGUCAUCAAUAUGAAAGAAGUUGAUACACACAUGAUCGAAAAAAAGGAACGCAGGAUAAUUGUUUGCGGACGAUUUAGACCGUCGGAUGUUGCAGUAAAACUGCAGAAGAAGAUGAAACGGAGGGUUGAGAUUCUCGAAAUUGAAGAUCUCACCGGCGGCCACGGUGGAGAAGCUGAAGGAUACGAGCACGAGCCACCAUAUGAACAGCCGCAAGAAUAUUCCGUACAACCUGAUCACAUGACCACACCAUUGUUGUGUUAGUUCUCUUUAAUUAGUUUGUUCUUUUAUCCUCCAAAAUGUAUAAACAUACAGUAUGUAAAAACCAUCAGAAAAAACAAGUGUAUAUAAUACAUGAUACACGUAUAUCUAGUUUGAUA